GGUCGCCGCUGGCCUCACACCUGCCUCGGCUGGGCCACCGCUCGCGUCCCGCUGUUACCGCUGUCCUUGUCGCCGCUCCCGCCGCCGCCCCCACCGGGAGUCCCGCGCCGGGGAGGAGCGGGGGCAGCCCUCGUGACGGGCUCCCCCGGCUGGCGCUGGGCUCGCGGGGGCGGGCGGCGGCGGCGGCGGCUCCGCCCGGGGCUCGCGGGGGCACCUAUGGGGAAGGCGGCGGCGGCAGCCGCGGCUGGGGGCGGUGACGGCCCAGGCAGCGGAGGGGGCGCCCGCGGGCUCGCAUCCCUCCUCAGCGCCGUGCCCUGCCUGUCGUGCCACGCCGAGGCGCCCGCCAUGAGCGCGCUGCCCCCGCGGCCCUCGACGUCUUCAACACCGUCGGUGCCCGCGGGCCACGCUGUGGAGGAGGAAGCCGAGGAGUGCGAGGACGAGGGCGGCCAUAGCUCAGAUACUUUCAAGGGCUGGCUGUUCAAGUGGACUAACUACCUGAAGGGCUACCAGCGCCGCUGGUUCGUGCUCAGCAACGGUCUCCUCACCUACUACAGAAAUCAGAAGGAGAUGACUUACAACUGUCGUGGAACAAUCAAUCUGUCAACAGCGCAUUUUGACAUUGAAGAUUCCUGUAAUAUCUUGCUUUCCUAUGGAGGCAGGACAUAUCACCUAAAGGCCAGAUCAGAGAAGGAGAGGCAGCAAUGGUUCAGUGCUUUGGAACUGGCAAAGGCCAAAGCUCUCCACAUGAUGAGCUCCCUGACAGGACAUCAAGAACUGCAAUCUGAUGUCACAGAAGAUGACUCUGGUGAUGAGGAGGUACCCACCCAUUCUGACAAGAGUGAUCUGCAUAACACCUUAAGCGUUCUUUCGGGCAAGUUGGACGACCUGAGCAUAUGCAAUGACCUUAUCUCAAAACAUGGGGCAGCUCUCCAGAGGUCGCUGAGCGAGCUGGAGAGCCUGAAAAUACCUGCCGAAAGUGGGGAAAAGCUAAAAGCAGUUAAUGAGCGGGCCACCUUAUUCCGGAUCACCUCCAAUGCUAUGAUCAAUGCUUGCCGGGACUUCUUGGAACUAGCAGAAAUACACAGUCGGAAAUGGCACAAAGUCCUACAGUAUGAACAGGAGCAAAGGGUCCGCCUGGAAGAGACCAUCGAACAAUUAGCCAAACAGCACAACAGCCUGGAAAGAGCCUGCCGAGGGGCCCCAACCAACUCCCAGUCUGACAAACCCACCCAGGGGAUCAAGGGGGAGAACAGUGACGAAGAUGAGGAUACAGAGUACUUUGAUGCCAUGGAAGAUUCGUCUUUCAUCACUGUGAUCACAAACCCUAAAAACACCAGAGCUGCUGAAGGUGGGAAUGAGGCAGUUGAUGAGUGGAAUACAGAGGACAAUGUGUUUGGGAAUUCCUCGAGCAUUGGGCAUGUCCCACCCAAGACCAAGAAGAGGACAAGGAUCCCUGACAAGCCUACCUACAACAUCAAUCUCUGGAGUAUAAUGAAGAACUGUAUUGGCAAAGAGUUGUCCAAGAUCCCCAUGCCUGUGAAUUUUAAUGAGCCCUUGUCCAUGCUUCAGCGGCUGACCGAGGACUUGGAGUACCAUGAGCUGCUGGACAAGGCCGUCAAGUGUGAGAACUCCACAGAGCAAAUGUGCUUUGUGGCUGCCUUCUCAGUGUCUUCGUACUCUACCACCAUCAACCGCAUAGCUAAGCCAUUCAAUCCCAUGUUGGGAGAAACCUUUGAACUGGACCAGAUGGAAGAAAUGGGCUUCCGUUCCCUCUGCGAGCAGGUGAGUCACCACCCUCCUGCAGCUGCCCACCAUGUGUUUUCCAAAAAUGGCUGGACCCUGUGGCAGGAAAUCACCAUCUCCAGCAAGUUCCGGGGCAAAUACCUCUCCAUCAUGCCACUAGGUGCCAUUCACCUAGAAUUCCAGGCCAGCGGGAAUCACUACAUCUGGCGGAAAAGCACCUCUACUGUGCACAAUAUCAUCGUGGGCAAGCUCUGGAUUGAUCAGACUGGAGACAUAGAGAUAAUUAACCAUAAGACCAAGGAUAAGUGUCUACUGAAGUUUACGCCCUACAGCUACUUCUCAAAAGACUACACCCGGAAGGUGACCGGUGUGGUGACAGACAGCAAAGAGAAGGCCCACUACGUGCUGUCAGGCUCCUGGGAUGAGAAGAUGGAGUGCUCCAAGAUCGUUCAGAGCAGCCACAGCAGCCCCAGCACCGAGGGCAAGCAGAAGAUGGUCUACCAGACCCUGCCGGCCAGGCUCCUGUGGAAGAAGUACCCGCUGCCGGAGAACGCCGAGAACAUGUAUUUCUUCUCGUCGCUGGCCUUGAUCCUGAACGAGCCGGAAGAAGGUGUGGCGCCCACCGACAGCAGGUGGAGGCCUGACCAGCGCCUCAUGGAGAACGGCCAGUGGGACGAGGCCAACUCCGAGAAGCAGCGGCUGGAGGAGAAGCAGAGAGCCAUCCGCCGCAAGCGCAUAGAGGCCGGCGCCCAGGAGUCCCCGGAAGAAGGGAAGGACAUAGACCCACACGUUCCCCUGUGGUUCGAGAAGAAGCUGGAUCCCUACACCGGGGAGGAGGCCUAUGUGUACAAGGGAAACUACUGGGAAGCCAAGGAGAAGCAGGACUGGUCCAUGUGCCCCGACAUCUUCUGAGCAGCGCUUCGAGGCCAGCCGCGGGCCGCCUGCCCGCCUGCCCCUCAGCGCCCACCAGCCUGGGCAGCAGGGCGAGGAAAUGGGCAACCCAACCCUACACGCAAAACGCAAAUACAACCCACGAGCAGACCAGGGAUUCAAACGUAUUUUUUUAUGCACUAAUGAAAAUCGCAUAUUGAAGCUCCCGUCCUUUUCCCCUCUUCUUCCUUUAUUUUGCUGAUAGUGACUUUUUUCUUUUGUGGAAGUAGGUAGUUACUAAGUAAGUCUGGGGAGGACAGGCCGAGUCUGUCUCUUUGGUGGCUGUGUGUAUGUUCUGUCCUCCCCGGCUGCCUGAAGCCCGGCGUCUAAGCCUCCAGAGACACUCGGGAGAAAGGUGGGGAGGGAAGCCGGGCACCCUGGGUCACGGCGGGCCUCCCUCCAGCUGCGAAGGGCCCCGCCGCCCCUGAGCUGGUCCCCGUGGCCGUGGCCCCCAGGGGCUCAGGGCUGAGGAGGAGCCUGGGUGGCAGCCUCCACCCCCCCUUACCCCCCCCCCCGAGGUCCUCUCACUCAGGGCUCUCUAGAAACCUUUUUUGAACUUUGGUUUGUUUGUUUGAUUUUUAAACUGUUGAUCUCAAUUUCUUUCCAGCUGUGAUGUUUAGUAAACGUUUUUAGUCCAGCACUUAACAGACAGUCUUUCCAAGUGUCCUUUCUUGCCCCAGAAGUGUCCAGACCAAGAGAUUCCUGAAAGCCCUUAGCGAGCGUGGGCUCUGCUGCCUUGCCAGAGCCCGGAGUCCGUGUCCGAGUUCUCCCGAGGAAGCUCCUGGUCUCUCAGACGGCCCCCAGCACUUCUGAAGCUGCUCGUCUCUGGUGCUCCCCCAGACACCUCCCGGCAGAAGCGGCUGCCCCGCGACUGUGUCUAAGCCGAGCCAGGGCCUCUCCUCCAGCUCCACCGAGAGAGAGCCAAAGGUGCUGCUUUGGACGGCUCAGGAGAGCUGACCGGGUCUCGCCUCGGUGGGCCCCUCAAGGGAGAAGCUCCUCAACGGCGGCCACUCGAACAGCCACAAGCGUGAACCAUGGCUUCCCCGAGACCCUCGCGGCUGGCGGCCCACCAGCAUGGCUUGGAGUCUCCCAGGACCCCCAGGAGAAAAAGGUCCCUCCAAAGUCGUAAGAGCACCAAGAGGAGCCGUCAGAGCCUGGGCCAGAAAGGCCCCUGGCAUUGCCCUGGCAGGCGUCGCUAGUGCCCUGCAUCUGAGCCCAGGCCCCGCUCUGACCAGAUAACUAGAGGGCACAGAUUGGCAGGGCUCGGCCCCUUCCCUCCCAGCCUGCACUGGGCCAGCUCCCUGUUCAUCAGAGGCAGCUGGGGAUGGGGGCAUCUAGUCCAGACGCAGCAGAGACCCAGGGCAGGGCACCCAGCUGCAUAGACUGCAAGAUAGGGAUUGAACUUGUCUCCCACUUCGAAACCCAGCCUUCUCUGCACCCUCCCGGCCGCGCAGUCCCCCUCUCGCUGAAGCCCUUGUCCUAGAGUCCGUCUGGAGAGAGGCUUCAGGAGGCUGGCUGCGCGCCUGCUUCCCCUCUGACCAGGCACCCUUGGCUCCCACGGAGAGGCCUGACCAUUGUGCCAGGAGCGUGUGCGGCCCUGACAUGGAAACCGGAGGGCCUGGCUGCUCUCUUUAUAGGGCUGCCUCCAUUUCUCUGUCUGUAGGAUGAGGGGGAGGCCUCCUCAGACCUAUAGCAUGCUGUCUGGCCAGACACACACCCUCAAAGCCAGGAAGCCCCGGGUCCGAGUCCCAGCCCUCCCCCAAGACCCAGAAUUGCAGAGAAGGUACCGCCUUCACUGGAGGAGGGAGUUUCCUCCCUCAGAAGUCCCUUAGACGGAUGCUAUCACAGGUCCGUCCUCUAAAAACCAGGACCCAGAAGAAUGGAGCCCUGGGGCUGCUAUCUAGGCUGAGGGGCCCUCCCUGCCUCGCCACACCUUGGAUGGCCUCUGGAGCCCCCAGAACUAUGGACUGGUGCUUCUGGCCUCUCUGGAGAACCGGCCUUCCCAGCCUCCUGAGCAAGGUCUCCGCCAUGGGAAGGGGGUUCCUCCUCCAGACCAGUGAUGGGUAGGGUAGGGCUGGCACGAGGGCCGCCUUUCCCUCUCCAGUGCAGGUGGUCACGUCCCGAUCAGCGAGCCUUCUCAGGUGCCCGCCAAGGUGCGUAGCCAAGGCUGCCCGCGUCCUCCUCCUCCAUCUGCCCUUCUGCCCUCCAACUGGAGCAGCUGCCGCAAAGAGCAAUAAGGAGCUCGCUCCAAGAGAGCCGGGAGAGCAGCAAAGGGCCCGCGAGGGCGGCAGGCAGGCUGCAGAGCCCGCCAGGGGUCCCUGUGCCUGCGCACGGAGCAAGCAAAUGCCUUGCCUCGCCUUCUCCGGCCGGCUCAUGGCUGGGACGAAUGAGGCCAAGCGCGGGGUGAGGCCUGGAAUCUUGUGUUUGUCGGCUUCUCAUUUCUACACAUCCACGUAGAACCUGUCUGUACGGAUGCAUUUAUAUUUGACCUACCUAGAGACAUAGAGAACUAUUUUGCUUAGAUUUCUACAGUAAUGGAAACAUGAUGGUGACAGCUGGCCCUGUCUGAGUUUGGUGAUACAAUAAACGUUCUGCUGCGUUUCUUUCUGUCA